AAGUAGGUAAUGGCCGCUCUGGCGUGCAGGAGGUCUGAAGUCUGUUAAAUUCAGUUAAGUUAUCGCGAACUUUCCUCUCGCCAGACGUCUAUUAACGACAUAAAUUAUUAUUGAAAAUCAGUGAUAUGUCCGUUUGUCAAGGAUAAACUGUGAACGACCGCGCAAACGAAUGUUUUUUCGCGUAGCUCUUUGGAAAAAACCGAGCGUGAGUGAAUACGACAAGGACUGGUCGCCACACGGACGAAACUUCUACAUCUGCCGAAAUUUCUGACUGAUUUUUGGGAUCCAGUCACCGAAAACUUCCAUCAUUCCGUCAAUAACCGAGUGCCGACCCGCAGGGUGGCGAUCUUUUGAUAAGGGUUCUGUCUGCGAUAGACUGGUAGGCCAGUCUGUUGGUGAACAACUGAGCACAAGCGGCAACUGGAAGUUGGCCCUGAACGCAGAGCCCCCGUGGCUUUGCUAGCACCCCCACAGAAAUCUUAUUAAUUCGCCCCCCUCACGAUUCACCCGCCUCUCAUUGACAGCUGCCUCUUUGCUACCUAGCGCCUACGGAGUGUCGAUUGUAUUCGUUAAUCGUAAAUAAAAAACCGAGAAAACAUGAAGGUAACCAACUUGGAUGAGCGCAUCCACGUGCUGGACAAUGCGUCGAACGUUAUGACUGUAAUUAAGGACAUCGCAACGAGCGGCGUCCAAGAAGAAGCUUUCUAUGUUCUGGACAUCGGAGACAUUGUACGCAAACAUCAAAUUUGGAAACAGAAAUUGCCCCGGGUUGAUCCGUACUACGCCGUGAAAUGUAAUGAUACCUUGAUUGUGCUGGAGGUUCUUGCGGCCCUUGGAAUUGGUUUUGACUGUGCAUCAAAAACUGAGAUCAAUAAGGUCCUUGGUAUCGGUGUUGAUUCCUCCAGAAUCGUUUUCGCUAAUCCGGCCAAGCUAGCUUCUCAUAUACGCCAUGCUGCAGGUAUGGGAGUCGAUACAAUGACGGUUGAUAAUGAAAGUGAAUUGCAUAAGAUCAAGAAGCUUCAUCCUAGUGCCAAGGUUGUUCUACGUAUUCGUUGCGAUGCCGAACUAGCCCAAUGCCAACUGGGAAUGAAAUUUGGCUGUGAUCCUACUCACGAGGCACCGAAUCUUCUGCAUCUUUCACGGAUGCUGGGACUGGAUGUCGCUGGAAUUUCAUUUCACGUUGGAUCAGGAUGCCAGGAUCCACCGGUAUUCCAUAGAGCCAUUCGGCAUGCCAGAAUGCUCUUCGACAUGGCAAGCGAUCUCGGCUUCAAGCCUUACUUACUGGAUCUUGGCGGUGGUUAUCCAGGCAACAAGGGAAGCAGCAUUGACAAAAUGGCCGAUAUCAUCAAUAAAGCUCUGGAUGAAUAUUUUCCAUCUGACGAUGUACACAUAAUUGCUGAGCCAGGUCGAUUUUACGUUGCUUCUGCGUUCACUCUCGCAACCAGUAUUCACAGCAAGCGUGCUGUACGUGGCGAUGAGAACUCACCCAACGCUAUCACGCACAACAUGUACUACAUUAACGAUGGCGUUUAUGGUUCGUUUAAUUGCCUUCUCUACGAUCAUCAACACGUUACACCAAUUCCACUAAAGAAUGGCUGCGGUAAGAUGACUCCCUCAAGUAUCUGGGGACCAACUUGCGAUGGCUUGGAUCAGGUUGUUGAGAAUAUUCUGCUACACGAUAUGGAACUUGGCGAUUGGAUUAUAUUUGAAAAUAUGGGCGCCUAUACUCUGCCGGUUGCAUCUAAGUUCAACGGUUUUCCAGUACCCAAGGUUCACGUUGUCACUGACGAAGGUGUUUGGCUUCUCUUGAAGGAUGCUCUACCCUUGACAGAGGAUCACUUCGUUAUCGGCAAUACACCAGCUAAUCUACGUCUUGGCCUGGACAUUGGCGGAAGCGACAUCGAUGGCUGGACCGAUCCAACUAUUCAGUUGGCACCAACAGAAAUUCUAGCAGAUUCCUCAUCCUCGACAACUUCCUUUAUCUACGAUUACGUGGAGGUGGAUCCGCUCAACUGAACCGACAUUCAAAAGUGGAUUGUAAUCCUGUCGAAUUUUCGGAGUACGGUACGAAGUAGAGUGCUUGAUGUUGCUGAAAAUGUCGAACGUGCACUUAAAAAGUUAAAAGCGUACAUGUCAAUAUAUCGCAUCAGCUUAAUGAUUACCCGUAGUCAUUGUAAAGGAUGGAAAGAUAUCUUUAUCAGCAAGUACUCCUUAUCGACAAGGUUACUCUUCGAUCACCUUCGUAAUAAUUCCGUGGACUCGCGGACCACUGUGAGUCCGUUGUCUUGCUACCGGAUCUCUUAAUAUACGUAUAAGCGAUGUAUAAAAUUCGCUUACACAACCUUUAUGAAACGUUUACGUCAACAUUGCACAGCAAUCGUCAGGCAUUCCAUCAUUAUAAAUCGAUAUCAUCGGUCUUAUCGUAUCUGUUACUAACUUUACGUCACAAAUCCCGGGAUACAGUUACAUUAAUCACCGUAAUACGGAACGAGACAGACAGUCAUAAUAAACACGAAUACGCGAACGAACGAAUAUUUCGAGAAAUCAACAAGUCAGUAACGAAUAGUCGACGAACUUUUUGCUAAUCGUAAUUAACGAAAUUGAGAAAGAAAAAAAUAUGGAGUUUCGAUCGAUAAUAAUAGAGAAACUGUUUAAUAAACAAUUAGCGACACUCGAUGAAAUUAUACAAAACGAAGAAUGCCAAUAGUACACAUCUUAAUAUUAUAGAUGUUUACGCGAUCACAUGUCCUGGGACUCUGUGGAGGAAGUGCGAAAAAAACAAACAAGAAUAACGUCUUCUCUUGCUAUUUUAUUAAUCAUAAGGAAGAUAUUCGCAGAAUUGACAUUGGUGUUUUUUCUUAAUGUAAUACGAAGGCACACACAAGGUUUAACAUAGGCGUCGUCUACAUUGCACGCGUUAUUCAAUGUGUGCCUCACGUGUCGUAGAUCAGUUUGUUUUGCUCGGCUCAUUUAGAUUUUCUCAUUGCUUAGCGAGCCCACUGUAAAAGGACGUUUCUUCACUUGUAAUAGUCGGGUUGAUCAAUGAUAUACAAAUAAUUAACGAAUCAUUUUAAGACGGUAUACCGAUUAGUGUUUUUCAAACAGUUUAUAUAUUGCAAUGUUCAGAGACGAGUAUAGAAUAUUUCAAAAUAAGUUUUUUACUAUCUCUAUACCGCUGAGGACCAUGUGUAUUAAUGUGGCAAAGUCCGUCUAGUCUGUUCGAACUAACAUUGCUUGUUUCUUUUUUUUUAAAUAUUUAUAAAACGAUAAAUUAUAUUGUGGAAGGGCUUCGAUGUGGAAAACUCGUGUAAUGUUCGUUCGGUAUAUUUAUACGACAGAAGGGACACAUUUAGCAGGUUUAUAAUCAUGAGAAAUAUUAAAGGCAACACACUAUAUAGGUUUACGUACAAAUACGGUGUCGUGCGUACAAGUUUCUCUUUAUUCCUUUUCACGUAUUUCUUUGAUAAUUAUGAAGACUCUGUAGGAGAGCUAGGAAUUCAAAGGCAUUGAGGCAGCUGUCACAGGAAAUAAAAGAAUAUUAGUUUUCUGAUUAUUAGUUACCCUAAUUGUAUUAUAUAUCUCCGCUAUUGUUAUUAUUAAUAUUAUUACUAUUACUAUAUUAAUUCAACUAUUAAUUUGUCUAUGUACUGAUACACACUAGAUCAAUAUAAUUACUCUGAGAUGUAUACAAAA